AUGCUCUGUUCAUUGUAUCAUCGGGAGCCAUCUGGCGCCAGUUUGAUGAAACUAGCUGUGGUAUUUUGUCUGCUUUUUGUCACAGCAAAUAGUUUGUCCAAUGAGGAUCGAAGAUUUUGUCAAGGUCUCGAAUGCGAGUCGAAAGAAGAUCUUCUGAAAGUGAUUCAACAGCUACAAGAUGAGAACAGACGAACUAUGCUCAAGUCUUCCCGAGCUGCAUCUGUCUUUUCCGAAGAAGCUGUUGGAGGCGCUACUACACGCAGAUCCUCUCUUUUCGAAACAGCGGCAUCAAACGCACAAUGUGACAUCUGUUCAUCGCAACCAUGCCAGAAUGGAGGAAGUUGUUAUGCUGAUUCUACAAAGCCGUGGACAUCGUACCGGUGCGAUUGCCCGUCAAACUUUGCCGGAUCUCAAUGCCAAACCAACAUCACGUGCUCUGGCAGUAGCUGCGGGAAAAAUACGGAUUGUUAUGUGGCUAAUCAUCAAUUGAAUUGUAUCUGCAAACCUGGCUACAGCGGUGAUCCAAAACGUGGAUGCACAAUGAAGACGAAGCAAACUUGCCUUUCUGGUGAUCCGCAUUAUCAAACAUUUGAUGGCCUUCGCUUCGAGUAUCAGGGUACUUGUCCUUACGUAUUCUCCCAACCAUGUACAACUUUGGGUGCUCCAUUCGCGUACUACUCAGUCAGAGCGGCGAACUCCUUUAUUGGAGACUCCAGGUCCGUCUCAGCAGUGAGUGAGAUUGAGGUGGAUUUUUACAACAAUACCAUACACAUUGAUGGUAGCUCAAGACGUUUGAUUGUGAAUGGCAUUGAGCAACAUGUACCGUAUUACUGGCCAUCAAAGGAUAGGCAAAGUAUAGCAGUGAAAUACUCUUCUGGCACAUUCUAUGUGUCCAACGACCAAAUGAUCCAGGUUAUCUAUGAUGUGCAAGGAAAUCUUUGUGUUCAGGUUCCCGACAUCCCGCAAUUCCAAGGCAACAGAACACUUUGCGGAAUAGGAGGAAAUUUGGAUGGUGAAUAUAAGAAUGAUGUUGUGGAUAGGAAUGGCACAGUGUUUCAAAUCACAAGUAAAAACGUCAAAUCUGGAGACCCCGCAUUUCAACGAGCGGAAGACUCAUGGAUCACGAACAAUUUUCUGAAAAUUCGAAAAGACGCUCCAGCAUGUGUUACGGGAGAGCAAGUCAAUAAUUUGACAAAUUGUGUGCGCUUCAAUUCUAUGAACUUAGAUUCCGAAGAGGCUGUCACGCAGUGCGCACCCAUUCAAGAUGCUAUGGCAGGACAGGGUGUUUUCUCGAAAUGCACAGUUCUCGGUAACGACACGAUACAGUCAAUGUACGACAACUGCGUUUAUGACGUGUGCUAUGCUCCGGAUCAAAAAUGCACUGUUCUACAAACUUUUGCUAGAACAUGCCAAGCAGCCCUUAUUGUAAAAGACUUUGGCGACUGGAGGACAGGUACGAAAUGCCCCUUCCCAACAUGUCCUCCACACUCACAAUAUGAGGUUUGCAAAUCGUCUUGUCCGGCAUCGUGCGCAGAUUCGAGCUCGCCUGACUUUUGCGACUUACCAUGUUCUGAAGGAUGCACUUGUGAGCAAGGCUAUGUGCUGGAUAAUACACAGAUUUCCAUGGUGUCAUGCAUACCAAUUGAAGAUUGCGGGUGCACCGACAAAUAUGGAAAUUCAUACCCAGGCGAUGGGACCACUUGUGAGGAUAUCGAUGAGUGCCUUGAUCCUAAGACUUGCAAUGUUGAUUUGGGCCAUGGAAAUUGUACCAAUACCAUAGGAUCGUACAACUGCACCUGCGCACAAUUUUAUGACCAACCGCACUGCGAUCACUAUCGUCCAACUAGACAUUGUGCGGAUUUACGAAAUUACUGGAAUUAUACCAGUGACGGCGUUUACAAUAUCACUCCACCCUAUCUAGUUCCUGCGUUGAAGGACCAACAAGGCUCUGUGGCAGUCUACUGUGAUAUGACUACCGAAGGCGGUGGAUGGACUUUGAUGUCGGCUGCGAAUGACAGUGAAAUGACAAAUAGAACUUACAAAAAUUACGCAGAUGGUUUCGCUAAGGAUUCACCGUAUUACAAUUGGCUUGGCUUGGAUUUGAUCAGUGGAAUGACAACUUAUGAAAAUACAAGUCUCCGCCUUCAACUGUAUCGCUGUGCGCAAAAUGGUCUUCUUGCAAAAACUACGGAUUGCACCUAUAAACACUUCUUGAUCAAAGGAGCUGCUGAAAAAUAUGCGGUUGUCAUUCCAGAGGUCUGCAAAGGAACCGAAAAGGAUUACUACGAUGGUUGGGCUCGUUGGAAUUUAACUCAGCCUGGACCAGCAUUUGUCGCAUUUGACAAUGACGACACUAAUAACUGUUCUGCAAAUUUCCGCAACACGGGAUGGUGGUUUGAUGCAAGAAAUCGUUGUGGAAGUGCCAACUUGAAUGGGGUACGGUACUCUUGUGACAACAUCCCGAAUGAUUCGACAAGCUCUACGUACCUUUUCUGGGGUGGAAGUCCCCUGGGACAAGCGUGGCUUUAUCUGAGACCGACACUCUUCCCGAAUUACGAUCCUACACCUCCAUAA